GCAGCUGCCAGGCAUGGGAGGACCGCCGGCAGCGGACGGCGGCUGAACGCGGCGGCCAAGGGACCACGCAGUGGCCUCCUGUCGCUGCGCGCUCCCUUCCCUGGCUCUGCGCGCUUCACAGGCAGGACUGAGCUCGCUGGCUGCAGGAACUGGCCGGGUGGCGGAGGUGGCGUGGUACUCUCGCUGUCCCGUUGAGUUAGUAGCGCUGUCCCUGAGCGAUGCGCUGAGGGCACCCAGAUCCUUACACUGGCGGCGUCCUCGGCUGCGCUCUAAGUCGCCGACCCCAUGGGCCCCUCAGGCACCGGCACCGCGCGCAGCAUGCGGGCGCCACUGUCUUGUCUGCUGCUGCUGCUUCUGCAGGUGGCAGUGCCUGCGAGCUCGCUGGCUGAGACCCUGCUGGACGCGACCAGGGCUAGAGGUGCCAGCUCGAACCCGCCAAGCCCCGCCAGCGUGGUGGCCCCGGGAACGACGCCGUUCGAGGAAAGUCGGUUGCCCGUGUUCACCCUGGAUUACCCCCACGUGCAAAUCCCUUUCGAGAUCACUUUGUGGAUCCUACUGGCCUCGUUGGCCAAGAUUGGCUUCCACCUCUACCACAAGUUGCCCACGAUUGUGCCCGAGAGUUGCCUUCUCAUAAUGGUUGGACUUCUGCUGGGCGGGAUUAUAUUCGGCGUUGAUGAGAAGUCUCCCCCGGCGAUGAAGACAGACGUGUUUUUCCUGUAUCUCCUGCCACCCAUUGUUCUAGAUGCUGGCUAUUUCAUGCCCACUCGUCCUUUCUUUGAGAAUUUCGGCACCAUUUUCUGGUACGCUGUGGUAGGCACGCUGUGGAAUUCCAUUGGCAUCGGCGUGUCCUUGUUCGGCAUCUGCCAGAUCGAGGCGUUUGGCCUCAGCGACAUCACAUUGCUUCAGAACCUGCUUUUUGGCAGCUUGAUCUCAGCCGUGGACCCCGUGGCUGUGCUGGCUGUCUUCGAGAACAUUCAUGUCAACGAACAGCUCUAUAUCCUGGUCUUUGGCGAGUCUCUGCUCAACGAUGCCGUCACAGUGGUCCUGUACAACUUGUUCAAGUCCUUCUGCCAGAUGAAAACCAUCCAGACCGUCGAUGUGUUUGCGGGCAUCGCUAACUUCUUCGUCGUGGGCAUUGGUGGGGUGCUGAUCGGCAUCCUCCUGGGAUUUGUAGCAGCGUUCACCACUCGAUUCACACACAACAUCCGAGUCAUCGAGCCGCUCUUUGUCUUCCUGUACAGCUACCUGUCUUACAUCUCAGCUGAGAUGUUCCACCUCUCCGGCAUCAUGGCGAUCACGGCGUGUGCCAUGACGAUGAAUAAGUACGUGGAAGAGAACGUGUCUCAGAAAUCCUACACGACCAUCAAGUACUUCAUGAAGAUGCUGAGCAGCGUCAGCGAGACCUUGAUCUUCAUCUUCAUGGGCGUGUCCACCGUUGGGAAGAACCACGAGUGGAACUGGGCUUUCGUCUGCUUCACCCUGGCCUUCUGUCUGAUCUGGAGAGCACUGGGUGUCUUUGUCCUGACUCAGGUGAUUAACUGGUUUCGGACCAUUCCCCUGACCUUCAAGGACCAGUUCAUCAUUGCCUACGGAGGCCUCCGAGGUGCCAUCUGUUUUGCACUGGUGUUUCUCCUCCCUGCCACUGUGUUCCCCAGAAAGAAGCUGUUCAUCACGGCUGCCAUUGUUGUUAUAUUCUUCACUGUCUUCAUCCUGGGAAUAACCAUCCGACCGCUGGUGGAGUUUCUUGACGUUAAGAGAUCCAACAAGAAGCAGCAAGCUGUCAGUGAGGAGAUCCACUGUCGGUUUUUUGAUCAUGUGAAGACUGGGAUUGAAGAUGUUUGUGGACACUGGGGUCACAACUUCUGGAGAGACAAGUUUAAGAAAUUUGACGACAAAUACCUUCGGAAGCUUCUGAUUCGGGAAAACCAGCCCAAAUCUAGCAUCGUGUCCUUAUAUAAAAAGCUUGAGAUAAAACACGCCAUUGAGAUGGCGGAGACAGGGAUGAUAAGCACGGUCCCCUCGUUUGCAUCGCUCAAUGAUUGCCGUGAAGAAAAAAUAAGGAAGCUUACACCAGGCGAAAUGGAUGAAAUUAGAGAGAUAUUAUCAAGGAAUCUCUAUCAGAUCCGUCAGCGGACCUUGUCAUAUAACAGACACAACCUGACGGCGGACACGAGUGAGAGGCAAGCCAAGGAGAUCCUCAUCCGCAGGCGGCACAGCCUCCGGGAGAGCCUCCGGAAGGACAACAGCUCGAAUCGCGAACGCAGGGCUUCCUCUUCAACCUCUCGGUAUUUAUCCUUACCUAAAAAUACAAAGCUGCCAGAGAAGCUGCAGAAAAAGAAGAAGAUUGCAAAUGCAGGUGGCAAUAGCAGUGACUCCGACACAGAUGCUGGAACCACUGUGCUCAAUUUGCAGCCCCGGGCCAGGCGCUUCUUGCCAGAUCAGUUCUCAAAGAAACCCCCGCAGGCCUACAAAAUGGAGUGGGAGAACGAGGUGGAUGUGGGCUCUGCACAAGUGCAGCCUGGUACCCCUCCAGCGCCCCGCAGUAAAGAGGGGGGCACGCAGACACCGGGGGUACUGAGGCAGCCCCUGCUCUCCAAAGACCAACGGUUUGGCCGGGACAGGGAAGACAGCUUGACUGAAGACGUUCCACCUAAGCCCCCACCGAGACUGGUGCGUCGAGCGUCAGAACCCGGGAACAGGAAAGGCCGCUUCGGCAGCGAGAAGCCAUGACGUAAAGCCAUGACGUAAAGCCAUGACGUAAAGCCAAGGCAGUUUCAGAUGAAUGGGCUAGCAUGGUUGUGGCUUGUUACUCAGACUUGAUCGGCUGUGGAAUCCAUUUAAAGGCCUCUAUCUAGAAGCAUCCUUUGGGUGGUAGAGCCAAGCCACUGAUUUAUGGGAGGAAUACUUACCUAUCCCAAGAAGAGGAAGGAAGCCCCGCAAAAUGGCUUUCAGGACCUUUGGCUAGUAAAUAUGUUCUUUGCAAGCCUGAAAGAAAAAAAAAGUGUGCCUUUAUUGAACUUGAAUGACAGAACUUGAAAUUUUUAACACACCUUUGUUGGUGAAAAAUUUAAUAUAUGCCUCAGUUUUUAUUUAUGAAAAAUGUGUUUAUCUGUAGAGAUCAUUUUUUAAGGGAAUAGCACUACACAUGAUGAGAACAUAUUUUCAAGGGGGUGAUGGUCAGCGCCUAGACGUGGGUCUUACAUUCCGGACCCCACCUUUCCCAUCCUGAGCUGAUGGACCACUUAGUGAGGUAGAACAUCGUCCAUAACAGAGGAAUGCGUAGGCAGAUGCAAUGGCAUUGGCUCUCAGCAGUGUGGGCCGGAAGUCCCUGUACAACUCUGAAACAACGAGAGACAGACUGCUUUUAGUCAGUUCCUGUGUUUCCCAUGGCUUUGGAGUAACGUGUAACACCCUCA